AUGUCAGUUACCAGCCUAUCAUGUCGUUCUAUCGUGGGACCUAUGAAGGAAGUCAUUGGACUAGUACCUCGUAUUCUUGACCGCCAACCUCUUUCGAACAUUUUCGGUGGAUCAUACACAUCAUACGUCUGUACGCUACCAGAUAAAACAGAUAAGAAGAGUUGUGAAGAUUACAAUGGAACAAACCUGAACCCAGUACGACCGAUUAACCCUGGAGAAGGGGGUGAACCGUUUUAUGUCUACUGCGAAGAUGAUGGUGGGGUAGUCAUUCAGCGCAGGACGGAUCUCUCUAUUGAUUUUAAUCGUUCUUGGAAUGACUACUAUCAUGGAUUUGGAGACCUACACGGGGAUCAUUGGUUGGGACUGAAGAAAAUUGCGCGUAUAAGAUACAACAAUUUGCCAAUUUGCUUGAUAAAGGUUCUGUUUGACAACGAUGAAUAUGCCAAUGGUACAUGUAGAUGCCUUUUGAAUGAAAGUUUGCAAUGGAGUGCUCAUCAUGGUUGUAGCGAUCAUUACACAGGCCGACUCAAGUAUCAAUUACGUGCGCGUCGGAACGAGCCAUUUUACGCACCCGGUGGGACACUGACGAACAUCAGCUCCUCCUUAGCUCAUGGAAGACAGUGCGCUGACACGUGCGGGGGAGGCUGGUGGUAUACUCCAGAACGUUGCCGAGGGAACAUCAAUGGGAUUCUAACAGACAUGGGAAAUGACUGCGAGUCCUGGCCCAAGACUGUGGUGAAAACUUGGAUGAAGUUGAUUCCGUCAAAUGACUGAGUAUGCCUAAAUAAGGCACGGAAAUAACGAUUUUUCAAUAAGUCAAUCAAGAGACAAUAUAUCGCCAAGUCCUCCUCCACUUAGAAGGUAACAAAAUUAUGUAAAUACUAAUUAAACUUUUAAAAUUAUUUUGGAAAAAAGGUGGAAUAAAAAGCACACGAAGGCUUUCGAUCUCCAACCUUUCGUUGGGUGUCAUACGUAUUCUAACACAGAUUGAGCAAUUGAUCCUUCGAGAAAAAACUCUGAUGAAGAAAGAAAGACAAAUCUCUAUACAGGAGUCUUUUUUAUAGAAUUUGGAGUCGAACUAUUUAAAAUUGCAAUAGAAAAUUGAACAUUUUCUAAAUCAUUUUCUAUGUAACCCUAUGUAACUGUACCAUACAAAUUCAUACCAGAACUCUGAAAGGCGGAAUAUAUUUUUUCUCCCCUCGAAUUUGGGCAUACUUCCACAACUUUUUUGUAUAUAUAUUUUCUGUGUAGAACAUGUAAAAAGAAAAUUCAUGUCCCACCACCUCCUUUGAUUUUCAAAUUUAUAACUGUCAACGUAUUCAAAUCGAAAUUUUUACCUUAGAUGUAAUUUGUGAUAUAUGUCAGUAAACCAUGUAAACAAUUAAAAGGUAAAAGUUGUAAUUGUAAAGUGUGCAAUUCUGUGUCUCCAUGAACACUCUACAAUUCCUACCGGAUACAGAUGGAACAGUAAUGUUUCUUUUGUAAUAUAUUGUCAAUAUACAGUGCGUAUCAAAAAAAAAGUUU